CUCAGCAACCAACUUCGAUUAUAGAUUAGAAUAAAAUGUCCAAGUCUUGGAACUCAGGUACAACCUAUGAAUUAAUGAUGUACAAGUUUAUCAUGUGGCCUCUAGGUAUCUGGCCACCGAAUCGAGGAGAAAUAUUUUCAGAAAUUCGUUUAAUUUUAGCCGCUACCACACAGGCUGCCACCUGUAUUUGUUUACAUUUGGAAAUGUGGCAUAACUGUAGAGGCGCUGAGGACUUUUUGGACAUUUUUGUUCUCAGUGUUUUCUCACUGUUGGCAUGUAUUAAAGGAUUAAUUGUGAGAUAUCAUCUAAAUGAAGUUGAUACAAAUGUAACAUCUGCUAUACAAGAUUGGUUUAAUUUAUCAUCUAAUGAAAAUCCACAAAAUAACAAAAUAAUGAUGAGACAUGCAAAAAUUGGUAGGAUUGUUUGUAUUUCUUUAAUGGCACCUGCAUCUGGAGGAACAUUGUCUUGGAUUGUUUUUGCAUUACCAUUUGCUAUGUUUGCUCCUGAGAAUAAUACUGAACCUAUAAAAAAUUUUCCAUUACAAACACCAUGUACAUUCGAUUUUGCCACUACAUCCAAUUUUUAUUAUGUGAUUUUUGUUAUUCAAGUUUAUCAGUUGAUUACUACAUGUCUUGGCAACUGUGGCAAUGAUGUUUUUUUCUUUGGACUUGCAAUGCAUGUCUGUGGACAGUUUGAAAUACUAAAAAGUGAGUUUAAUUCAGUGGAAAAUAAAAGAGUAGGGAUUGAAAACGGAGAGUAUUUCAAGAAUAUUAUCAAGAGACAUGUACAUUUGAUUAAUUUAGUUGAAAAACUGGAAACUACGUUUAAUAUGAUUAUUCUAACACAACUGAUCAUGAGUGCUAUUUUGAUUUGUAUUAUGGGACUGCAAGUAAUCAUAGCACUAAACAUGGGCGAUGUUUUUUCUGGCAUCAAAGCCAAUAUAGUUCUGUCAUCAUUGAUGUCUCAAUUAUUUUUAUAUAGUUACGGAGGUGACUAUUUGACAUCUCAGAGUCAUGCUAUCGCUGAUGCAGCAUAUGAAAGUCUCUGGUAUAAAUAUUCCAUCCGAACUAUGAGGGAUAUUGGAUUUGUAAUAUUUCGUGCUGAAAAAUCCGUUUAUGUAACAGCAGGAAAAUUUUUUUACAUGACUCUAGGCACUUUUAUGGAUAUUUUAAAAUUGUCUGUGUCUUAUAUGUCGGUUUUACGGGUGGCGAUGGAUGUGUAGAGUAUGUUACAAUUUUUAAUCAAUUGUAUCAGUGAUUUCAGAUUAAUUAUAAAUUUUUUUCUCUUAA